GGAAGUUCUCUGAGGUCGCGGGCCGCGCGCUGCUGCGCCGUCGCGUCCACUUUGCGCCCCGGUAGCCGCGCGUGUUUCCCGAGGAAGACGCGGUCAUGGUCUUCCUCUCGUCGCAGCUCUGGCUGCGGAACCGCCUCACCGACCGCUACUGGCGGAUCCAGGAGGUGCUGCAGCACGCGCGGCACUUCCGGGGCCGCAAGAACCGCUGCUACCGCCUGGCGGUCAGAGCUGUUACUCGCUCGUUCGUGAAGUGCACCAAAGCCCGGAGACUGAAGAAGAGGAACAUGCGGACGCUCUGGAUCAAUCGAAUUACUGCUGCCUCUCAGGAGCAUGGCCUGAAGUACUCAACAUUCAUUGCCAAUUUAGUUAAGUGCCAGGUGGAGCUCAACAGGAAAGUACUUGCUGAUCUAGCCAUUUAUGAACCAAAGACUUUUAAAUCUUUGGCUGCUUUGGCGAAAAGGAGGCGAGAGGAAGGUUUUGCUGCUGCCUUGGAUGACGGGAAGGAGCCAGAAGGCGUGUUUUCCAGAGUGGUGCAGUACCGCUGAGCAGAGCGUGCCUCGGCAUCUAUGGCCCACGUGAGCCUCACACUAAACGCAGGGACAGAAAUCCAGUCCAUGGCAGUGACGCCCAGUUGGUGGAUGGCGUGUCAGUGUGAUGUCAUCUGUGGUUACUUCCUUCGUGGUAGGUGGAAGUCCACUUUCUGUAUCGGGUCUCCCGAGUCUCUGAUUCAGAAAUAGCACUUGAUUGCAAAUAAAGCAUGUGUGAGCUGAA